CCACCCCCGGCCAGACCGUCAGCAGGAACACAACAGUGGUGCCUGUCGGAGCUCGCGUCGCUCAGGUCCUCCUCCAGCGAGAGAGAAUUAGCGUGUGAUCGCCUGCCCUGCCUCUCCUCACACGAGAGCCAUGUCUUCACUCAUCGACGCAGGGCCCUAGUGUAGGUAGCAAUGGGAUGUGGCGCCUCCAAGACAGUAGAAGUGAUUGAGGAGGGGGAGGACCUGGACGCCGCUAAGACCCCCACCACCAUCGAGAUUCAGGAUGAGCUAACGAGCGUGCGUUCCAACACCCCGGAUCUGGAUUCGAAGCCCAUAUCCCCGCCCACCUUGGCGCCUCUCGUCCAGCCCAACGGUAUGGAGUCCGCGGGUUCACCGGCGGGAGAAAGCCUGCCGCAGACUCCCGUGGAGGACCCUCUGCCUCAGUCAGCUGACGGGCGACCUGUGGCGUUCGAAGUGGCCCCAGUGGAUCCCUCUGAAUCCAUCAUUCGCCGUCACCCACCGAGGAAGUUCCAGAAGUUAGAGGAGCAGCAGCAGCAGCAGCAACAGCAGGGCUCCGCCCUCACCCAGGAGAUGUUGGAGGAGAAGCAGGCGGAGGCUGAGAGGCGCCGGCAGGAGCUGCUGAGCCAGCGCGUGCAGAGCGCCAAGCAUCGCACAGCGCGCAGCGCCGGCCGUAUGCGCUCCCGCCCCUCCGACGGCGACGAGGUCGAGCAGUUCAUGAUGAUGGAGGAGCUGGACUGGACGAGCCUGGUCUGUACCUCACUGUUGCCGCCGGUGAAGUCGACCAAGGUGGCACCCAAACCAUCCUCCUCCUCCCUCCACUCGACUGGCUGCGUCUACCAUGUGUCCACCACUGGAUGACGGAAUAAUUGAGAGCGCUGCUUCAGUUAACCCAGAAAAUGAGCUGUGAGAAGCACCACCUCACCACAAGACUGCUGUUGUGGCGGCACCAGGAGUGGCAUCAAGGCACAGAUGAAGAUUCGCUUUUUUUUCACAUGUUUUACAGACACGGACCAUGAAGAAUAUUUUAUCAUUACACCAAAACAAUCAAGGUGAUCCGUAGCUUGGGAUCUCCAGGCGAGAGCCACCAGUGAAGACCAUAAUAGUGUACUACCAAGCAUAGUUUUCAAGAUCAUAGUUUAUAUUUAUAAUGUAACUACAGAAAAUGUGUAAUGUAGUAUCAUUAUAAAGUGAUAAUUUAAACAUAUUUUUCAAGACAAUCAAUAACGUUAUCUAUAUAUCCUACAAGGUAACAGUUAUUUAAUUUUUUAAUUAAUUUUGUUAAUGUUUUUCAACUUAAAUGGAUCAGAAACGUAAUACUUUCAUCAUUGCCUUAACAUUUUUCUACAUAGCUAUGAAGACUUUUAUCUUGGAAUAUUACACAAAAGUAUACAAAAGACAACAAUAAAGCUAGACUAAAAUGCAUGUAAUAUUUUCUACCACUUCCUAUAUGCGAUUAUAAAUUACUAUCCACACAUGUAGUUAGUUUUAUAUGUGAAAUCAAAUGUAAUCGUGUAACUUACGUGUGAUUGUUAACUUCACUUAACAAGUGUAAUAUGAAAGGUCUUAGUUAGACAUCUUAUUGUUCUCACUACUUCAGUGAUUGGCUAUCACAGAGUUGCACAGGAAUAUUUUGAGUCCAAAGUUUCUUCAGCUUUAAAGCGAUCGCACAAAAUAUACAGUACUGACUAAUCUUUAGUUACCGAUAUAUAACUCAAUGUGUCUUAUACAGACUUUUAUAGAGGAACAAAUAUAACUAAGUACUCAUUAAUGUCUAGCAACAUACACUUAGUUUUGAGUAUAUAGGAAACUUAUUAUAUCUUUAUAGGUUAUUCACGUAAAAAUAUGAUGAUUUCUCGCUGUAAAUAUAAUCAUAGCACCUCCAUCAACAUUAUGUCUCGCUGCUCACUCUAUAGAACAGUAUACCAAGCAUAUCUGUGCAGUGUGUAAGAUAUCUGUGAUAAAGCCUCUCCUGCUUGUAUCCAGCUGCCAAUAUAUUCAGCACCUGAAGAGGCUGAAGACCCAUGAUGGCAGCUUGCUAUGUUUGCCUAAAACAAAAAUUCUGAAUUAUUUCCUUUUAUUUGUGCCUAUGGGAAUUUUAUCUAGCUUUGAAAUGCUAUAUAGUACACCGAUGAGGAAUGGGAAAUCAGACAGCAGUCUUAGGUGCUCUAAAUCUGCUUAAUUAUUCCCAGCCAGGGUCAAUGGAAGUGAUUACAGAACGCUUUAUCCUUGUAUAAGUGUCCAGCUGAAAUAUACAGAAGGAUUUA